GGGUGGCAGUCUAACUUCCUGGGUGCCCAAUAGAGAGCGUCUCGAUGUGGACCCCGGUGUCUUCCACUUGGAGCGAUGGCUUCGGGAUGGUACUCCCAGUGCUUCUCGCCUUGGUGUUGGUGCCACUGACAUCGUCCAUCAAGAAUGAGGAGCAACCUCUUUUGGCAAAGCUUUUCCUCGAAGUUCUGGUGGAUGUGGCGCAUGUGUAUGGAACGGUUUGUCGCACAGUGCUGGAUUCCGAGGCGACAGCUUUGAACUGGAAGCUCUACCUCAUGGCUGUCCCAGGCUUGUUGCUGCCCUGCUGCUUCAUCAACAUCGUCUUUGGCACCUGGGUUGGGUGGACCUUGCUCUCCUAUUAUGCGAUGUUUCAUUUCGCGAAACAGCCCUUUGGCCUCUUGUGUCUCUACAAGGCUCGGCAAGGAGAAAGAGAUCCAUUUCUUCAUCAAUUAGACUAUUGGACGUGUAUGGCAGGUGCUGGGCUCCCACUGCUUCUUUGGCAUGCCGGAGAAUUUGAAGGCUUUAGCUGGUUUGGCGGUGAGGAUGAAAAGUUGGUGGAGCUACCGAGCCUUUUCAGAAGACCUCUGUGGCUGCUGUACCUGCUGGUACCAGGAGCUUGGCUUGGGCACAGUGCCUGGAAGUGGUGGAGUCAAGGAAAGUUGAACGUUGGGAAGCUGUGGGUCAUGGUUGCGCAUUACUUCACCUGGUACAUGGGGAUGUGCCCCCACCACGUCCGCUCGUUGGCCUUCAUCAAUCUCUUCCACGGCUUCUCUUCGAGUUGGUUGGUCUACCAGGUGGUUCGAACGCGCUAUAGCCUCUGGAUGGCAAAGUCUCCACAGAGCAUGCGCUGGACUGAUCACCUGAACUGCUUCUUAGUAUCCACGCCAGUGGCCUACACCUGUUUCCUGUGCCUGUUGGCCUGUAGCGAAGAUCUCGCCUGGGAUAUUCUGAUCAACCAGGACUACAUCCACCUUGUGAUGUACACACCUCCACCCUUGCAUGGCUUGAGCAGAAGCGUCAUGGUAAGUCUGCUGAUGCUUCCGCAACUUGCGCACUACUUUCUCGAUGCCUUCAUUUGGAAGAUGGGGCCGCAGAAUCCUGGCCUCAAGGACGCCAUCAUCGCGAUGGCCAAAGAUUCCAAUGCCAAGCGUUGAGCAUCUACGCGGAGACAGACUUUUGGCAGCCAGUUGGUCGGGGACUGUUAAGGGGAACAACCGCUGCAGAUGUUUUUCUGUGGCCAACGGAGCCCGAGGUGAUGUCACCAUCACACACGGAAAAACAUCAGGUCUGAUUUGCCACAUUGACUGUGUGCAGGUUGUCUCAACUUUGGAUCCCCCAAUCCUGUCAGUCACCCUCUUAUCAUCUUCAUUUGUGCCACACUCCCAGGACACGUCUGCGUCAUGAGUGCGAAAGGACUACAGCCUGCUGUCGCAAAAAGGACGACGAGCGCCAAGUUUGA